AUGUUAAGCAAGAAAAAGCAACCUGCAGCGAUAUCUGGAACGUUGCCAACGACUGAACCACCAAUUACAACUCAACCGAAAUCUGACAGCGAUGAAAAGCCAUUGAAACAAAAAAAAGUUAAGAAACAAAAGCCACGACAGCGAGAAAAAUGUGAAAAUUGUAAACGUUGUUGGGGGUUCUGUGAUUUUUUGAAAACAUCUUGGAAGCUUUUCAAAGAAUUUUCUGCUGACACUUCAAUUCAUGGUGAGAAAUGCGAAAUAUCCCAAUUUAUCUUAGGCAUUAAAUAUUUAACUGAUAAAAAGCGUCAUUGGAGUGAAAAGUUAUUUUGGUUCGUCGCUUUAACGCUUUCGAUUUUAGCGUGCUCGUAUCUCAUUUACGACACGUUUAGGAAAUGGAAAAUGGCGCCGGUGAUUGUAAGCUUUUCAGAGAAAUUCAUGAACAUUUGGGAAAUUCCCUUUCCUGCUGUAACAAUUUGUCCAAUUGCUGGUUUAUACCCGCUCGAUGAAGAUUACAACCCAAGUGACGGAUUAGGAUCGAAUCCUUUGAAAAACUUUACGGAAUCGAUCGAACACAGAAUAACAAAUGCGAAAUGGAGAAAUAAUUUGACAAACGCAACUGAUCUUUUCACUGAAAUAGCAACAGAAGAAGGAUUUUGUUACACAUUUAACAUGAUGAAUUUUCAUGAUUUGCUGGAAGAUGACGUUAAGUUUGAAGGAUUUAAAAAUCUAAAAAAUUAUUCGAAAGUCCCGAAAACAAGUUGGUCAUUACAAGAUGGCUACUACAACAAGAAACCUAAAGUUUAUCCAUAUCGGGCAUCUGGUUCUGGCGAAAACGGCGGAUUGAAGUUCGAGAUUUGGCGACGAAUUUCAGAAGUCAAAAAGAGUACAAGUUUUAAUAAAGGAUUUAAGCUUGUCGUUCAUCUUCCCAGCGAAGUUCCGCAAUUUGACAAGCAUUAUUACAGAUUUCCUCUAGAAAAAUCAGCAACAUUAGUUGUUCGUCCAUCAUUAAUUGUCACAGAGAAUUUGGAGAGCUACGAGUCAGAUUUAAGGCAAUGUUAUUACGAAGGAGAAAAGAAAUUGAAAUUUUUCAAAUACUACACGAGAUCAAAUUGUCAACUUGAAUGCUUAGCUAAUUUUACACGAGAUAAAUGCAGUUGUAUUCACUUUUCAAUGCCAAGACUAAAAGGUGAUGCUGUUUGUGACAGUAAUCGGUCUUUGACUUGUUUCGAUGAAGCUAAAAAGAAUCUCAUGCAAAAGACCAUGGAAGAAAGUUUACAAACAAGUACAAGCUAUGAUGAUCGUGGUAGAAUGACUUGCGAUUGUCUUCCCGCAUGCACAAGUUUACAAUAUGAAGGUGAGAUUAGUCAUGACGAUAUCAGAUACUUCGGAAGAUACAAGACAACUGACGCAUUUCGUUCUUCGGUCACAAUUUUCUUCAAAGACGAUGACUUCAUCUUUUCGAAACGUUCUGAACUUUACAGCUUCACUGACUUCAUUGCAAACUUUGGUGGCAUCUUAGGAUUGUUUUUAGGUGUUUCAAUUCUUUCAAUAGUUGAAAUCAUUUAUUUUGUUGCUUUUCGUAAACUUGAUGACGAUUCAGAAGAAUCAGAACACGAAUCACAACCACAAAGUAUUGGUGGAGACACAACGAUUGCUUCAGUUGAGAUUAAAGCAGAUGAAACAAUAGUUCGAAAUGGAUAUUAA